AUGCAUCUUGUCUCUUCGCUCCUCGUCGUGGGCGCCGCCUUCCAGGCCGUGCUCGGUCUGCCGGAUCCUCUGCAUGAGAAGAGGCACAGCGACAUCAUCAAGCGGUCUGUCGACUCUUAUAUCCAGACCGAGACUCCCAUUGCGCAGAAGAACCUUCUGUGCAACAUCGGUGCUUCUGGAUGCAGAGCCUCCGGUGCUGCCUCUGGUGUUGUGGUUGCCUCCCCUUCCAAGUCGAGCCCUGACUACUGGUAUACAUGGACUCGUGAUGCCGCCCUUGUUACCAAGCUUAUUGUCGACGAAUUCACCAACGACUACAACACCACUCUUCAGAACACCAUUCAGGCUUAUGCUGCUGCACAGGCCAAGCUUCAGGGCGUUAGCAACCCGUCCGGUUCCCUCUCCAACGGUGCCGGUCUUGGUGAGCCCAAGUUCAUGGUCGACCUCCAGCAGUUCACCGGUGCAUGGGGCCGCCCCCAGAGAGAUGGUCCUCCCCUUCGCGCCAUUGCCCUCAUCGGCUAUGGCAAGUGGCUCGUCAGCAACGGUUAUGCUGAUACUGCCAAGAGCAUCAUCUGGCCCAUUGUGAAGAACGACCUUGCCUACACUGCCCAGUACUGGAACAACACCGGCUUCGAUCUCUGGGAGGAGGUCAACAGCUCUUCUUUCUUCACCAUUGCCGCCUCCCACCGUGCUCUCGUUGAGGGUUCUGCCUUUGCCAAGUCCGUCGGCAGCUCUUGCAGCGCUUGCGAUGCCGUUGCUCCCCAAAUUCUGUGCUUCCAGCAGAGCUUCUGGUCCAACAGUGGCUACAUCAUCUCCAACUUUGUCAACUACCGCAGCGGCAAGGACAUCAACUCCGUCUUGACUUCCAUCCACAACUUCGACCCCGCUGCCGGUUGCGAUGUCAACACCUUCCAGCCCUGCAGCGACCGUGCUCUUGCCAACCACAAGGUUGUCGUUGACUCCAUGCGCUUUUGGGGUGUCAACUCCGGUCGCACUGCCGGUAAGGCCGCCGCUGUCGGUCGCUACGCCGAGGAUGUCUACUACAACGGUAACCCCUGGUACCUCGCUACUCUCGCCGCCGCCGAGCAGCUCUACGACGCCGUCUACGUCUGGAAGAAGCAGGGUUCCAUCACCGUCACCUCCACUUCCCUCGCCUUCUUCAAGGACCUCGUCUCCUCCGUCAGCACCGGCACCUACUCCAGCUCCUCCUCCACCUACACCGCCAUCAUCAACGCCGUCACCACCUACGCCGACGGCUUCGUCGACAUCGUUGCCCAGUACACUCCCUCCGACGGCUCCCUGGCCGAGCAGUUCGACAAGGACUCGGGCGCCCCCCUCAGCGCCACCCACCUGACCUGGUCGUACGCCUCCUUCCUUUCCGCCGCCGCCCGCCGCGCCGGCAUCGUCCCUCCCUCGUGGGGCGCCGCGUCCGCCAACUCUCUGCCCGGUUCCUGCGCCGCUUCCACCGUCGCCGGUUCCUACGCCACCGCGACUGCCACCUCCUUUCCCGCCAACCUUACGCCCGCCAGCACCACCGUCACCCCUCCCAAGCAGACCGGCUGCGCCGCCGACCACGAGGUUUUGGUAACUUUCAACGAGAAGGUCACCACCAGCUAUGGCCAGACGGUCAAGCUCGUAGGCAGCAUCGCUGCGCUCGGCAACUGGGUCCCCGCCAGCGGCGUCAGCCUGUCGGCUAACCAGUACUCUUCUAGCAACCCGCUUUGGUCCACCACUAUUGCGCUGCCGCAGGGCACCUCGUUCAAGUACAAGUAUGUCGUUGUCAACUCGGAUGGGUCCGUCAAGUGGGAGAACGAUCCUGACCGCAGCUAUGCUGUUGGGACUGACUGCGCCUCUACUGCGACUCUUGAUGAUACGUGGAGGUAA